AUGCAGUAUUCACCAUUCAUCUCUAAUAUAGAGCUUCCCUUCUACACAUCCCUGGCCUCGUUGAAAAUAAACCAUGACAAACUUGAUGACUCCGCUCGUAAGCUUCUAGGUCUUUACGAGAUCAAAUCUACCGAUCCUCCGGAGUCUUCUUGUCGCAUGCAAAUCCAUGGGACCGCAUUGACCCGAGAUGAGGUGCCCGCGGGGCUCUAUAGAGGAGAAGGGAUGAUAAAAAAUGUUAACACCAUUGAAGAAUACCGCAAUACAGACAAGAAUGCUCUUUUACUACAAACGGGGAAGACGAUCUGGGAUGCUAUUAAUGAUGGAACGAUUUAUUCUUGCCCAUCGUUGCUAGUCUCAUUUGUUGUGCUUUCCUUCGCAGAUUUAAAGAAAUACAAAUUUCUGUAUUGGUUUGCUUUCCCAGCAAUCCAUUCAGCGUGGAACCCUGUUGCAGAACCUAAACAUUUGGCAGGCAACGAAAGUUCCACCCUAGUUGACGCUGUUCAAACAUGGCGAUACGGGGUGGAUGCCCGUCAACACGGCUUCUUUCUUGCUCGGAAGUAUAGACAUCCUGACAACGAUCUCCCAAGCGACACUCGUUCUGGCAGAGAACUUGGAACAAAUCAAAAGCCACUUUCUCCAAUUGCUAAAGAAGUUGGGUUUUCAUGGGAAAUUUCAUCCCUUUCAGGUUUCGAAACAGGAUUUUUCCGCAAUGUUUUGGCUGAGGAUUGCUUUGUUUGUUUCGCUGAUCCCUCGAACUACCCGGACGCGCCAGGUUGGAUGUUAAGGAAUUUGUUGGUUCUGGUACGCCAGCGCUGGAAGCUUGGUCAAGUCCAAAUUCUCAGAUAUCGUGAUGUUCAAUCAAAAAGGGAUCAAGGUAGAAGUAUCGUCAUAAAAUUGAGAUCAGAUGCUGCCCAAACUGAACAUGAGGAAACCCAGCUUGGAUCUGAGAGCACUAUGCCUAAAGUCACCGGGUGGGAGCGAAACGCCGCAGGCAAACUUACUGGACGAAUCAUUGAUCUCACAGAAUACAUGGACCCGAAAAGAUUGGCUGAUCAAUCCGUCGAUCUAAAUUUGAAACUUAUGAAGUGGAGGAUCAGCCCCAACCUCAACCUCAAGAAGAUAAAGAAUACAAAGUGCCUUUUGCUAGGUGCAGGAACUCUUGGAAGCUACGUUGCGCGGAAUUUGCUUGGAUGGGGUGUUCGAAAGAUCACAUUUGUAGACAACGGAACCGUGUCUUUCUCCAACCCAGUGAGACAACCUCUUUUCGAAUUUAAGGAUUGCCUGGAAGGAGGCGCCAAGAAAGCGCAUCGUGCUGCCGCCGCGCUUGCGGAAAUUUACCCAGGUGUUGAUGCUUCCGGUCAUGUGCUGUCAGUGCCGAUGCCAGGCCAUCCGAUAACAGACGCUUCGAAAGCAGAACGUGAAUUCGAGGAACUUCGGAGGCUCAUUCACGAGCACGACGCAAUAUUCGUGCUAUUGGAUACUCGAGAAUCUCGUUGGUUACCGACGGUUAUGGGAAAAGCGACGGGGAAAAUAGUGAUGAAUGCAGCGCUAGGUUUUGACACAUACGUUGUAAUGCGUCACGGCGUCGAAAACAGUGAGGCACCGGAAACUGAACUGGGAUGCUACUUUUGCAAUGACGUUGUGGCUCCCGCUGAUUCUAUCAAGGAUCAGACGCUGGACCAACAGUGUACAGUGACACGUCCUGGUAUCGCUGCGAUCGCAUCAGCCUUGUUGGUUGAAUUAUUUGUCUCUGUAUUGCAGCAUCCAAACGGACCAGCUGCUCCUGCAUCCUCUUCCUCUAACGAGAACCCCUCUUAUCAUCCUCUUGGGAUCAUACCUCACCAAAUUAGGGGAUUCCUGUCUAAUUUUUCUAACGUGGUCGUAUCAGGGAAGAGCUAUAAUUGCUGCAGUGCUUGUUCAGGUAAUAUAAUUAACGCGUACAGGCAACAUGAGUGGGAAUUCGUCAAAAAAGCCGUGAAUGAAAGUGGCUAUGUUGAAGAGCUAAGCGGGCUUAAGGAGAUCCAACGUGCAGCAGAAGAAGCCUCGGCUUCAAUCGACUUCGACGAGAGCGAUUUUGAAGAAGGUGAUGGGGAGAUAAUAUAG